CCGAGCAACUCUUUCGGCUGUCAAAAGGAGCCGCGAUGAAAGUUCAGUUCAGAAAUAGAACGAGGCCAACUGACUCCACGACGGGCGGGUGGGCAGCCGAGAUUUCCAAGGAGGAGGAAAGAUGGCUCACGCGAUUAUAGAAAGGUCUGUUUAUUGUUGUAAAGGGAGGAGACUCUCACCUGACUGAGAAUGGAAAGUGAGGCUGUGUUGAGCUGAGCAUGAAAGCUGCCAUGGACAGAACCUGGACAAAGCCAGAGCUUGCCAAACCACUGCUUUCAAGCGAGAGGGAAAGAGCAGAGGGGUCUGGAAAGAGGAUCCAGUCUCCCACACGCCCUUGCUGCCUUCGACUCACCGACCUCUCUGAAACAGACUUUGCCAAAGCUGAGCUUCAGACUAAAGCUAUGGACGCUGUUCCUUCUAAGUUCGAAAAUCCUAUAAGAGUUGUACUAUCGGCAGGAAAGUGACCUGGGAAUCCAUCACAGGCGAGGCAACUGGGUCCCGUGAGGAGGUGGUCUAAAUUAUCAUACCUUUCUGGGGAAAAAAACACUUCAGAUUUUGGUCCCAAAGAAAAACCUCACUUCUAAGGAAGCAUUAGCCAAGGCCAGCUGGAAGCAGGAAAACAGCAGGAUACGGGACGGGGCCAGGCUGUGAUCCAUUCACCUACAAAGGAUCCUGGAAAAUGUGGCAAGGAGCAAUCGUGGGCCUUAUCUGGGCAAUUCUGAGUCUCCCCAGAAUCAUCAAAGCUGGUGACCUGAUCUGUGAUUGCAAAGGGCAAUGUGAAAACAACACUUGUUCGGGGAAUGUGUGCUUUGUAAGCAAACAUAGGCAGGAUGGAGAACUCUUCAGCAGAAAAGGAUGCCUGAUCAAAGAGAAUGAGCUCUGCAGGGGGUCCACUACCGAUAACUAUGGCAUGAAAUGCUGCCAAUUCAGCAUGUGCAAUUUGAAUCUCACCAUCCUGUUGAAAGGUGAAGAGGAGACCAAAGAGGAGAGUCUGUCCCUCAGAGAUCUUCUCCUGAUUAUCCUGGUUCCUCUGUUUGCCCUGUUGCUCCUUGCUGUGCUGGUCAUCCUCCUGGUUCGGAAAGUGGUCCGGAAGCAGCAGAGACAAAUGCAGUUUGGGUCCUGUGAACUGGGGGACAUGGAUAUCAUAUUGAAGACAUCCUUGAUUGGCGACAGUACCUUAGAGGACUUGCUGAAUGAUGACUGCACCACCGGAAGCGGCUCAGGAUUGCCGUUCCUUGUCCAAAGAACGGUGGCUCGGCAGAUCACCCUGGUUGAAUGUGUUGGCAAAGGACGCUACGGGGAGGUAUGGCGCGGGACCUGGCAUGGGGAGAAUGUGGCUGUCAAGAUCUUCUCGUCCCGGGAUGAGCAGUCGUGGUUCCGCGAGACCGAGAUUUACAACACAGUGCUACUGAGGCAUGACAACAUCUUAGGAUUCAUUGCCUCUGACAUGACGUCAAGGAACUCCAGCACACAGCUGUGGCUGAUCACGCACUACCACGAGCACGGCUCCCUGUACGACUACCUGCAGUGCACUGUGCUGGACGUGGAGACCUGCCUGCGCCUGGCCAGCUCCAUUAUCUGCGGGCUGCUUCACCUGCACGUGGAGAUCUUUGGGACCCAGGGCAAGCCGGCCAUCGCUCACCGCGACCUGAAAAGCAGGAACAUUCUGGUCAAGAACAACAAGCAGUGCUGCAUUGCCGAUCUGGGCCUGGCGGUCAUGCACUCCCAGAGCAGCGACUACUUGGACAUUGGGAACAACCCGCGGGUGGGCACCAAGCGCUACAUGGCCCCGGAGGUUUUAGAUGAACAGAUUCGUAUGGAUUGCUUUGAAUCCUUCAAGCGGACUGACAUCUGGGCAUACGGCCUCGUCCUCUGGGAGAUCACCCGGAGAACAAUCGUUAAUGGGAUUGUAGAAGAUUACAAGCCUCCUUUCUUUGAUAUGGUGCCGAUCGACCCCAGCUUUGAAGAUAUGAGGAAAGUGGUUUGCAUUGACCAGCAGACACCCACGAUCCCAAAUAGGUUGUACUCUGACCCGACUUUGUCUGCCCUGGCUAAGAUCAUGAAGGAAUGCUGGUUCCAGAGCCCCUUGGCCAGACUCACAGCUUUGAGGAUUAAAAAGACACUGAAAAAACUCAGCAACUCCUUUGACAAACCCAAACAACACUCCUAACUGCAGGAACCAGCUCUGGGACCAGAGAUCAAAUUUCUGAUUCAUUGGCUCAGCAAGAAAGUUCAAGGUCACCCCUUCAACUUCCACUGCUGGUCCUCCUGGCCUCUGUCAGUGGCUACAGCAAACCUUGUUUGAAAUCCAGCCAAGAGGAUUUAGGCUACAGCCCCCACGACUAGGACUGAUCCUUUGCAGGAAAAAUUUCAUGGAACAGAUGAUGACUUCAGGCAUCCUUAAUUUGUUUUCUCUAGUUAAAAAAAGGAGGGGGACUCACCUCUCCUAGAACAUAAAUUAAUAUAAAUACCCCCUGGAUCUGUAACCUGACGCCAGCCCGUCUCGUCUCGCCACCAACACGCCUGAAAAAUGGGAGGGAUCCUACUUGUUAAGAGCACAGCUGCUCUGCCCAAAGGGGUGCUGCCUUGGAAACACCAAUUAAGGGUCAUUCAUAAGCCUGGGUUUAGAAUGAGCCUGUAGGGUGUAUAUACAUCUGUGUGUGUGUGUGUGUGUGUGUGUGUGUGUGUGUGUGUGUGUGUGUGUGGUAUGUGCAAAUGAGAGAGAAAGCAGAUGCAGUGGCACAUACUUGCAGGAAUGCAGUCAGAUUCGCAUACAUACAUAUGCAAGUGUUUUGUGCCAGAGGAAUUCGAGAGUGGUUUGCAUAUGCUACAGCGUUUUGCACAUGUACAAACAGGGAAGAUUGUCUAGAUAGGUAGACAUGUGUGAGUAUGUCAUUUUCUGUGUGUUUUUACCUGUGAGCCAGACCGAAAUGAGCCCUACAAAAUCAUCCUGGAGGUGUGAUGGAUUCAAGACAGGUAACUUGAUUGUACUGCACACAGGGUGCAUGGACAGAUAAGGAGCAGAGGCUGGGAGAGUUCCAAGGAAAGCCUUUCCUCCAUCAGAGUGGGUGGGCAUUCUCAGUGCCCCUAGAGAUUUGCCUGGUAAGAGCAGCUGCAGAGGCAAGAAGGAGGGACAGAUAUGUGUGGGGGCCCCUACUACCUGCCUGGCAUGGUUCAAUAUCUCUACCUUCUACUUGCUCACACACAUACAGGAAGCAUAGCUGCUGGCAUUCAUUUUGCAUUCUUUAAAACUGUUCCAGUGCCAUAUACCCUAAGAUUGGUUGAGUAAACUGGGUGGUUCAAUUUCAGUGCUCUUAACUGCUUUUCUGUUCUCCCAAAAUUGGAGAAAAGUGACUGGGAAAAUGUUGUCAGCCACACAUGAACCUUAGGGAGACUGAAUAUUUAACUGUGGUCUGGAUUUUUUCCCCCUUUAAGAUGGGCAAGCAUUAUGGAUGAACACCAAACCUUGCUUAUGGACUGGCUAGAAACCAUGGUAUGCAAACCAUAGUUUCAUGGUUCAUAGAAACUGAAUUGAAGGCAGCAGGUGUGGGUUCCCAGGUGGUCUGUCAUCCGGUCACUGGUCAGACCAGCCCUGCUUCACUUCAGCAGUGGGGAAAUAUAAAAUCUUGAACCAAGCAAGCCAUGGCUAAGACAGUUGAAAGGUAAACAACAAGAUUUUGCUGGUGUCUGCCUAUACCUGACUGCCUGGGAAACAAAACCAGGAUUUCAUUAUGCUGGGGAUCAAUCAGGGUUAAAGUGGCAAAACAGUGUUGCCACCUUCACCAGCCCACAGCCAUUCUGUUUGGAUGUUAUCUCUGCAUGGCCCACCCUUCUUAUAUACCCCCAAAGAUCUAAGACAGUUUGAAUGCAAAAGUCCAGGACCUGGCAGCUGGUUUAGUACAAUCAUUUAUGAGCCAGACUCGUUAAAAAGCCAAAUGCCAAGUCAACACAAGGCAAACACUUUGGAAUACUGAGCAUGGUAAAGCAACUGCUUUUGAGAAUUUACCAGUGGUGUGUAGAAAUCACAAGCUGAAAUGGGGAAGGUAUCUUGGUGUCUAUCAGAUGUUUUGGACUACAACUCCCACAAUCCUUGGACAUUGACUUUCCAUUCUAUGGGAGUUGUAGUCCAACAUAUCUGAAGGGCACCAAGUAGACAACCCAAUCUAACAUAAGAGCUGAUUCAAACUUUACACACAUGUGCACUCACGAACAUGGUGGUAUCAUGUACCACAUGAAAUGCUACAUUGGCAGGCCCCACACACCAUGCCCAUUGGUGCCAAGUGCCUCCCAGGAUGGGCUGUGCCUUUUCCUCCUAUGACUAGGCAGAUAUUGACAUAAGCAGUGUGUAAAUAUGCUGCGUGCACAGGAGGCUGGUGACUCUUGCAUCAGUGGAGUUUACUUCUUUUACUCUAAGCUUCAGGGGAGCGUCCAUGGAGCCAAAAUGGGUUCACCAUCAUGGAUAGCUUCCAUAAACUCCAAGUAGACAUUGCAGUGGAUAAGGAACUGCAGUAACUGGCUGUCACUAGGAGCACUGCUAUCUGGAAAUGCUUUUCUAGGGUGGGGGGCUGAAUAUUUUAAUCAGCUUCAAGGCUGAAUUUGAGAGAAUUAAAAGCUGCAGCAGAAGACCCUGGCAUCAACACGAAAGUUGUGGCUGUUCAUUCAGUGCACCUCCAGGUUGUCUUGUUACCUGCAAGGAAUUAACUUCCCUUGCCUUACAUUCUACAAAAGUAUUUAUACCCGCACAUAAUAUACUCAUGACAGGGCAGCUGAGUAAACCUUAGUGAAAAAUGUGUAAUCUCAUUUCACAAAGACUCAUUGUUGCUUUAAAAAUGUCAUUAUUUUGCACGGAAAUGAUUUUGUAUUUAUUAAAUUUGCACAAGAAAAAGGCA